AUGGUUUUGUCAGGUUCAAUGUCCGACUCCGACAACUCAAUCUGGGAAUCUGAUGAAAGUUUAACGUCUGAUUGUGAUAGCGAAAAUUCGUCCACUUACACCAAACGAUUGUUAGACAUGGAUGAGCUGGUCGAAGGUGAGUUACAAUCUUCUAGAAGUUCCAUUGAAACAAUUACUCCUAUAAUUUUCACAGCUACGACAAUGGAUAACAAGCGACCUCAUGGUGGAUCUACUUUUGGUAGACGCACAAUUGUUCGCGAUAGGAGACGACGUCACAAUCUUAUUGUUCGUGAUUACUUUAGAGGUGAAGACUCGAAAUACCCUCCACAACAUUUCCGUCGUCGUUUUCGUAUGGAUAUUAGCCUUUUCAUUCGCAUAUUACAUGAUAUUACAAAUUAUGAUAAGUACUUUACACAAAGGUAUGAUGCUGUUAAAAGGGAAGGUUUAAGUCCUUUGCAGAAAAUGAUUGCAGCUGUACGGAUGCUUGCCUAUGGUUUGCCAGCUGAUAUUCUUGAUGAAUAUAUACAGAUUGGUGAAAGUACUGCAGUUGAAUGUCUCAAGCGUUUUUGCGAUGCCAUAAUCGGAAUAUAUGAGAAAGAGUAUCUAAGAAAACCAAAUGAAAAUGACAUAGCUAGGUUGCUUAAGGAAGCAGAGAUUCGUGGUUUUCCAGGCAUGAUUGGGAGUCUUGACUGUAUGCAUUGGCACUGGGAAAACUGCCCAACGGCUUGGCAUGGUACACACACUAAUGGUUUCAAAAGGGUCCCUACCCUCAUUUUAGAAACUGUAGCAUCUCAAAACUUAUGGAUUUGGCACGCUUUCUUCGGCAUGGCAGGUACGAACAACGACAUCAACGUUUUGGAUAGAUCUCCUCUGUUUGAUGACAUUAUUAAUGGAGUUGCUCCACCUUGUGAAUUUGCAAUACAAGGUAAAAAGUAUAAUAUGGGGUAUUACAUGUCGGAUGGAAUUUAUCCCAAAUAUGCCACACUAAUUCAAACUAUCUCUAACCCAAGUAAUGAUAGAGAGGAAUUAUUUUCUAAGCGACAAGAAGCUGUGAGGAAAGAUGUGGAACGAGCUUUUGGAGUUUUACAGAGUAGGUGGAGAAUUGUAAAGGGACCAGCGCGUAAUUGGAAGGAAAAAGACCUUGGUAAAAUAAUGAAGACAUGUAUUAUCUUGCACAAUAUGAUUAUCGAGAAUGAAGAACCUCAAGGAAUUGAUCCGGAACGAUGGGAGCCUCAUGUAGAAGAAAGAGUUAGGCUUGUUAAUUUAGAGCAUGAUCAUCGCUUUCUUGUUUGCAGGAUGAUGUAUAGAAUGAAACAAGUUCGAAGCACCGAAGCACAUGACACACUGAAAACUGAUCUUAUCAACCACUUGUGGGAUACACAUACGAACCAAAGCAACGUCUCUACUAGAAAUUAA